AUAGCAUGUGUUUCUCUCUCAAACUUUUCUUUGCCGUCAAAUUGUAAUUAAAAACCGAUUUUAACAGCGAUUUAGGUGUGAAUGCAUUGAUUGACUGCAUUAGCAAUGACGGCAUAUAUGCUAUGGUUUGCCAAUCAAUACAAUGGUUUCAGAGUUUCGACUCAUCACUUUCUCUGUUGUCUUCAGGAGUUUGAGAGUUUGGCGUCACUUCUGGCCAUCGAUUACCAGUACAUCGAAGAGCCAUCCGAUAAGGUUUGUGUCCAUUGCGAUGCGCUUCUCAAUAGUGAUACCACUCUUAUUCCUCGACAGCCAUUCAUUUUGUUCACAUCCGAUGCCGCAGACACUCAACUCGAGCGUCUGAUGUCGCGGACAGUGUUGGCUCGAAGUCUGUACGAGUUGUGGACCAAUUCGGGUGAUUUGCAACAGUUUUACGACGACUUACGCCACUCUCCCAACACUCAGUUGUCUCAAUACAGGAGCGCUUCGUUUCGCAUCCAAGUGGAGGGCUAUAACCGAAAGCUGUCGACACAAACCAAAGUCGAAAAGAUCGAAAACAUAGCUUUCCUCCCAUUUGACGGCAAAAUCGACUUAAAGUCACCCGAAAAUAGCUUUCAUUUGUUUGAAUACUACGGCAAUAAUCCCAACGAAAUUCCCGACAAACCCUUUCAGAUACUCUUCGGCCGACACAUCGGUGACAGUAAUCGCAAGAAUGUCUCCAAUUUCUCGUUAAAAGACAGGAAAUUCAUUGCAAACACAUCUAUGGAACCGAUGUUAGCGCUGUUGAUGGCAAACAUAGCUAAGGUCUCCGCCGCGGACUUAGUUCUCGACCCUUUUGUCGGCUCCGGUAGUCUAUUAGUGUCGGCCGCCUAUUACGGCGCUUAUGUGAUGGGAACGGACAUCGAUUAUCUACUGAUCCACGGACUCACCAAACCUUCGAGGGCUGGGGUUAAGACACGAGACACCGAUGAGAGUGUUCUCUCGAAUCUGAGACAAUAUAACCUUCAGAACCAAUACAUCGAUGUCGUGAUCGCCGACUCCUCUCAACCCUUUUGGCGCACAUCCGCACCGACCCUCAAAUUGGACGCCAUUAUCACAGACCCUCCGUAUGGCAAACGCGAGUCUCGCGAGAGAGUGGGCUCUCAAAGACAAUACAAAAUACCCGAAGAGUUAGUCGAAGGACACAUUCCAUCGAAAGUCGAGUACAGUUUAUGUGAUAUUUUCCGCGAUUUACUCGAUUUCAGUGCUUUUCAUCUGAAAGUCGGCGGACGUCUCGUGUUUUGGAUUCCGUUCGACAAAAGCAACACUAAUUUCGACAUAAGAAGCGAAUGCCAUCCGUGUCUUCGAGUGAUAUCAAUGAGUGAACAACAGUUGUCUUCAUAUAUGUCUCGUAUUUUAAUAUCAGUGGAAAAAUUCAAAGAAUACACACAAAUGUCCGACAGUUGUGUUCAACGAACUCAUAAUAAAUUCAUUAAUGAUUCACAAAAAUACAAUUAA